AUGUUAGGAGAUAUUUUGCUAGAACCAAAUCUUUGUAAUGAGUCCUCACCGGUUGAUGUGUGGUGGUUUGAACGUAACUUCUCGCAAGGUCGAUACGGUCCAGAUAAUCGAGGAAGUAAUGCGUGCACGCUUAUUGCCUUGCUCUGCGCCAGGAAAUGUGCUGCUGGCUGUAUAAAGAUGUAUGCAGAUUGCAAUUUAAACCCAGUACUAGUCCUUGCAUUAGCAGAAGCAAUAUUGGAGGGAAACGACAUACAUCGAGAACUGCUGACUUCUGGUGCUAUCACUCAUGUAAAUCUCACCAUUCCAGAAGCUCUGGAAGGCGCUGCAGAUUCUUUAGUUGGACUUACAGAAUGGAAAUCAUUGAUUUACUUAUUGGAUUUGGGCGAUACUUUAUAUGACCAAAUGAAAGCAGGCUUGCGCUCCUGGUGGGGAACAUCAUUGGGAAGAACGUUAGAUUAUGUGUUUGUGGUUCUCAUAUGUGACAAUAGGUCGAUAUUAUUUGUAUUUCAAAGAACACUUGAAAAGGCUACAUUGAUCGAUUCACAUAGACAUCUAGAUCAUGGUUGUGUCAUAGCACAAGUACCAAUAAUGAAUUUACAUCAUUUAUGUUUUUGGCAUAAAAACAUGUUAAAGCACUGUUACGGCUCUAAACCUGAUUGCUAUGAAUUGUCAUUCUUGUACAUGAAACCAGGAAAAUGCGCCAAAGGAUCAAGUCGUAUUGGCAAUGCCUUCAAACAUCACGAAGUGCAGGGAAAUAAACAACUCCGCCAAAAUAAGCUCAACCAUAAAUACAAAUUUAGAAAAAAGUAUAAAAGGCGAUAA